GGAGCUGUUCGCACGCAGACACGACACAUUCACAGGAGAACCAUUAAACAGAGAGGAUGAGCGGUUGUCGUAUUUUCAUCGGUCGGUUAAACCCCUCUGCGCGGGAGAAGGACGUCGAGCGCUUCUUCAAGGGCUACGGGAGAAUCAGAGACAUCGACCUCAAACGAGGCUUCGGUUUUGUGGAAUUUGAUGAUCCAAGAGAUGCUGAAGAUGCUGUUUAUGAGCUUGAUGGAAAAGAGCUCUGCAAUGAGAGAGUGACCAUUGAACAUGCACGCGUUCGUCUGCGUGGAGGCCGAGGUCGUGGGGGUGGAGGACGUUUCCCUGCUCGGUAUGGUCGAGGCUCUCAGGACAGCCGAAGGAACCCUCCGCCAAUGCGCACAGAGAAUCGCCUCAUCGUGGAGAAUUUAUCAUCAAGAGUGAGCUGGCAGGAUUUAAAGGAUUUCAUGAGACAAGCUGGAGAGGUUACUUUUGCAGAUGCCCAUCGGCCAAAUCUGAAUGAAGGCGUGGUUGAAUUUGCUUCUCAUAGUGAUCUGAAAAAUGCCCUGGAGAAGCUGUCUGGGAAGGAGAUCAAUGGAAGGAAAAUCAAACUUGUUGAGGCGUCCAGGAAAAAAUCCAGAUCUCGCUCUCGCUCGAACAGCUCAUCCCGUUCUCGUUCCCGAGGCCGCUCUGCUUCCCGCUCCCGAAGCCGUUCUCGUUCUCACAGCCCUAAAUCCCACAACCGCUCCAGAAGUCGCUCCCGUUCAGCCAGCGCUUCUCCUGUGCGGCCCAAAGAAGCUCCUCGUCCUGAAUCAGCAUCUCCUCCAGCCUCAGCACAGCAUCCACCUCGUUCUCGCUCACGAUCCCGCUCCCGCUCUCGUUCCCGUUCUCGCUCCCGAUCCCGCUCCCGCUCCCCAUCCACUGACAGCCGCCAUUGAGUCUGAGGCUGAGGACGUCCCAUCACAGCAAUAUGUCCUGUCUUCUGGUCAGUUUAGGUCCUAGAAAAGGGGGGACUGAUUCUCUCCAUGCCAGGAGUUUUACAACAAAGGCUCUGAUGGUAAAUGAAGGGUAUUUGACAGGAGAGUUGCUUUAAAUCAGGACUAUACAGCUGUAUUUGUUUUGUUUUUGUUUCUUUUUUUAAUGGGUUUUCUCACCCACAAAUGAAAAUUUACGCUCGUUUUACUCUGCCUCAAAGGAAUUUUCCAAUUUUUUGGGAAAUAUGCUAAUUUUACAAGUCACCUAAAGUUUAAGCAGUUGAGUUUUGCCAUUUUUUUUAAUCCAUUCAGCCGAUUUCCAAGUCUGGCUGGAACACCUUUUAGCUUAGCAUAAAUCAUUGAAUCAGAUUAGACCGUUAGCGUCUUGCUUCAAAAAUUCAAAAGAGCUUUUAUAAUUGUCCUUUUUAAAUCAUGACAGCUGCUAUUUUCUAGUCCAAUAUGACUAGAAACUUUACUCUCGUUCCAGAGCCAAGCUUUAAAUAGGAAAAUUAUCAAAGGUGUUUUUAAAUUUGAGCAAGAUGCUAAUGGUCUAAUCCAAUUCAAUGAUUUAUGCUAAGCUAAGCUAAAAGUGCUCCCACCAGACUUGGAAAUCGGCUGAAUGGAGUUUAAACUCAACUGUUUGACUCUAGGAGUGUUAUAGAAUGAGCCUACUUUCCUUACAGUGGUUCCAAUAGAUUUGAGUUUUGUUUUUCCGUUGAACAAAUGAAAUAUUUUGAAGAAUGGUGGAAAGCUGUUGGCAUCUGUAGUACAUACUAUUAAAGUCAAUGGCCAAUAGUUUCAAAUUAUUCUUUACAAAUGUGUGUGUGUUCAGCAGAAAAUAAACUCAAACAGGGUUGAAACUUGAGGGUGAGUAAUUUAUGGCUUGACUUUGAUUUUUGGGAGAAUUUUACUUUUAGGUUCAUGUCUGAAGUGCGUAGAAUUGUGAUUUUUGAGGUUUGUUUAAGGUUGAGAUUCUGUAAUUGUAUAAAUACAUUUAUGGACAAGUCAGUAAGAUGGUUUUCAGUUACUUUGACCAUGAUUAUUGCAAAGUAUUAUGAGAAGAAAGGCAUUUACCAACUCCCAAAGUUUUAUGGUUACAAAUUCCAAGAUCAAGCAAAGCAAGUAGUCUUGUCAUUUCAGAUCUAAAUAAUAAAAUCAAUGUCUUGAGUUCCUGAUACUUUGCAGGUCAUUCUGAUACACUAAUCUUUAAAUAACUGUUUAUUUUUGUUACGUGAUUGAUUGAUUGGUUGAUUACAUGUGCAGAUUGUAUGUAACGUGGAUGCUUAAAUUAUAAUUGAAGUUAAAGAUUUGAGUUUCCUCCACAGUGCAUGAAUAAAGAAAUCUUGUUCUCCAUUAGUGAACCCCCUAUCAUACUAGCCUGUUCAUAUGUGCUUAAUAACUCAUUGUGUGUACACAUUUUAGUGUGGUAUUAUUCAUUCUUUUUUUUUAUGGGAUUGUUUUGGGGGGGUAGUUCUUCUAUUUACACAACCGAAUGAGAUUUUGAUAUGGCUUUGAUAUGUAUUACUUCAGGUUCUGUCUGGAUAUGUUUUGAUGCAUGUUCUUCAUUUAUUUGAAUAUGAAUCACCUUUCUGUACCAUGAUGGAAAUAUUAUAUAAGAAAAUGCUUUUGAACAUUUAUAAGGUUUGUGUAGCACUGUAAAAAUAAUAAAAACAAAAGUUCCUCGAAA